AUGUCCGCCAAGUCUAGCGAGCCACCUUUCGAGCCGAGUAGCGAGGGCGAACAGUUGCCAAGCCGGUUCGAAGUGGAACUGGAGUUUGUGCAGUCGCUGGCCAACAUUCCAUACGUGACCUUCCUGCUCACGCAGCAUCAGAUCUGGCAAGACCCGCGGUUCAAGGCAUAUCUGAAAUACCUGGAGUACUGGUGCGAGCCGCCGUACACGCAGUUUAUUGUAUAUCCGAAUUGCCUGUUCGUGCUGAAGCUUCUGAACAGCUUCCUCGACAAGGCGGUCGAGAACGAGGACGGCAUCCUAGAAGGAGCUGAGGACCUGCCGAAGGUGAUACAGAUGCAGGGCGGGGAAUGGAUGAACCAAAUGGUGGAGCGGUGGCGCGGUUAG